UGGGUGGAAGGUGCUGCAGCAAAACAUGGAGGCUCACGCACGGUCGAUAUUUCCACCUCCAACUCAUGCCAGUGAGAGAGGACAUCUUGGACGACCUGAAAGGCAACAAUCGGGCAGGAGGAGGGAUGCCGACCUAUUUGUACAAAUCUGCCAAGAUCCGCAAGGCCCUGGAUGAAGUCGAGGACGGCGAAGUGUUUCUGUUCACCGAUGUGGACGUGCAAUACUUCCAGCCGGUCAAAGGAAUUGUGGAAGAGCGCAUGGCCAGCGGGGUGGACAUGAUAUUCCAAAAGGAGUUCGAGGACAUCGGGGUGAACAUCGGCUGGAUGGCCUUGCGCAACACGGGCCCCUGCCGAGCCUUCUGGGACCACGUCUAUGGAGAGAUCAGCCGCACCCAAGCCCUGGACCAGCGGGUGGUGAACAACAGCCUCUACUCAGGUCACGCGGCCUCGCUGGGCCUGCGCUGGGACCGCUGGCCCAGCAGCAUCUGGGCCUCGUCCUUGGCCUUCUCGGGGCCCUUGCCGGAGCUGGUGGUGCACCACGCCAACUUCCUGGUGGAGAAGGCGCCCUCCGCAAACCCCGCGCCCAAGCUGUCACAGCUCCGCCAGCUUCGGGACCUGCAAGCGGCAAAGAAGGCGAAGGCGCCCGAGGCCGCUGCCGCGGGCAGCGAUGGCGACUGGGAGGCGUUCAUGGCAGCAGCAAGAAGCUGCCAGGCGAUGUUGGACUACAGGAGUCGGCACUUUGGGUCGCGGCGCCCGGGCCCCGAGUGGUCGCUGCUGCCGGAAGGCCAUGUGGCGCGGCCCGGGGGGUUCAGCGAGCGUGCGGCCAAGAAGGCUGCGGCGGCUCUGCCGCCGGAGCCGGCGAAGAGCGCUGAGAGUUGACGCUUGACGUGGGGCAGUAGCGCGAGUCCAAGUCAUGAGCAGUAUGGCCAGCCACCCACAAUAGCUCAAGGGUUUUGGUUUAUGGGGAC